AUGUGGAAACUCAAGUGCUCCCAAGGAGAUGAUCUUGAGGUGAGGAGCAUUUAUGACAACAUUGGGAGACAAUUCUGGGAGUUCACGCCAAACGCAGGAACACCAGAUGAAUUGGCUAUUAUUAAAAAGACGCGCCAAGAGUUUACUCAAAAUCAAUAUCAUGUGAAGCAAAGUUCUGAUCUCCUCAUGAGGCUUCAGUUGGCGAAAGAGAAGUCAAGAGUGGAAGAGAUAGAGAAGGUGAGUAUGGGUGCAGAAGAAGACAUAAGUGAGGAAGCAGUGGUGAAUACAUUGAAGAGGGCCAUCAAGUUUUAUUCGACUCUCCAAGCUGAGGAUGGUCAUUGGCCCGGUGAUUAUGGCGGUCCAUUGUUUCUCCUCCCAGGCUUGGUUAUUGGCCUCUAUAUUACGAGAGAUCUACACUCGGUUCUAUCUUCAGAACACUGUAAAGAGAUGAUACGUUACCUAUAUAACCAUCAGAAUGAAGAUGGAGGGUGGGGACUACACAUUGAGGGCAAAAGCACCAUGUUUGGGACAGGGCUCUCUUACGUCGCUCUCCGAUUGCUCGGAGAGGACACAACCGGCAGCGAUAGGGCCAUGGAAAAAGCAAGAGCUUGGAUUCUCGAUCGCGGUGGAGUCACUUCCAUUCCCUCCUGGGGCAAGCUGUGGCUUUCGAUGCUGGGAGUCUAUGAUUGGAGGGGCAACAAUCCUCUGCCUCCUGAAAUAUGGCUGCUUCCUCACAUUCUUCCAAUUCAUCCAGGACGCAUGUGGUGUCACUGCCGGAUGGUGUAUUUGCCUAUGUCAUACUUGUAUGGCAAACGAUUUGUGGCUUCAUUGAGUCCCCUUGUUUUGUCCCUUCGGAAGGAGCUCUAUGUGCAACCUUACAAUCAGAUUGAAUGGGACCAAACUAGAAAUUUAUGUGCUAAGGAAGAUCUGUACUGUCCUCACCCCUGGAUCCAAGACAUGCUUUGGAGUUGUCUACACAAUGUUGUGGAACCACUUCUAGCACAGUGGCCUUUCUCUAAGCUAAGACAGAUUGCUCUAAGUACUGUAAUGGAUCACAUCCACUAUGAAGAUGAGAAUACCCACUACAUUUGCCUUGGUCCUGUAAAUAAGGUGUUGAACAUGGUCUGUUGUUGGGCAGAGAACCCCAAUUCAAAAGAAUACAAGCAUCAUCUCUCUAGAAUCAAGGAUUAUUUAUGGGUGGCUGAAGAUGGGAUGAAAAUGCAGGGAUACAAUGGCUCCCAACUGUGGGAUGCCACAUUUUCCGUUCAAGCUCUCCUAGCUACCGAUCUUGCCGAAGAAUGUGGGUUGACCCUCAAGAAGGCACAUGAAUUUAUCAAGAACUCUCAAAUCAGAGCCAACAGCAGUGGAAAUCUGGCCCAUUGGUACCGUGACGUGCGUAAGGGCGGGUGGCCCUUCUCUACUCCCGAAAAUGGCUGGAUCGUAUCCGACUGCACUGCAGAAGCACUAAAAGCGGCAGUAUUACUGUCAGAAAUGGAGUCAAGCAUCGUGGGAAAUGCAAUAGCAGUUGAACAACUAUUUGAUGCUGUUAACUUGAUCUUAACUAAUCAGAACCAAAACGGGGGAUUUGCGUCGUAUGAGCCAACAAGAUCAUAUGCGUGGUUAGAGACUAUUAAUCCAUCAGAGACAUUUGGAGAUAUUGUUAUCGAUUAUCAGUACGUGGAAUGCACAUCUGCAGUGAUUCAAUGUCUUAAGGUGUUCGCUAAGUUAUAUCGGAGCCACCGAAGGAAAGAGAUCGAGGAUUCCAUUUUGAAGGCUACGGAAUUCAUUGAAAGCAUACAGUUACCUGACGGUUGUUGGUAUGGAUCUUGGGGAGUCUGUUACACUUAUGGAACAUGGUUUGGGAUAAACGGAUUGGUUGCUGGAGGUAGAACAUACCAAAGCAGCGAAAGCAUCAGAAGAGCAUGCCAUUUCUUACUAUCCAAACAACUCGAAUCGGGCGGUUGGGGAGAUUACCUUUCCUCCCAAAAUAAGGAAUAUACGAACUUGGAAGGAAACAAAACACACUUAGUGAAUACCAGUUGGGCUAUGUUGGCUCUGAUUGAAUCUGGACAGGCUGCGAGAGAUCCGACCCCUUUGCAUCGCGCAGCUACAGUGUUGAUCAACGCACAGAUGGAAAACGGUGAUUACCCACAACAGGAAAUUAUAGGAGUUUUUAACAAGAACUGUAUGGUAAACUAUGCUGCUUACAGGAACAUUUUUCCCAUUUGGGCUUUGGGGGAGUAUCGCAAUCGUGUACUUAGACAAAUGUUGUGA